AUGUGCCACUACUACAAGACAUAUAUAUAUCAGGUCUGCGGGCACGUCAGCGAGUCGAUCACGCCAAUUGCGAAACGAGUCCGGUGUCCUCGAAAGGGAAAAGAAUCGCAAUCCAGAUCUACACUCACCAACGACCCUGUGGGCUUGUCCUCCUUGCAACAUCCAACCUUGACAAACGAACCAGUGGAUGGCGACGAGACGUGCAAUACUAGCAAUCAUUGCAGUGGGAGCAUCGUUAGGAAUGCAACGGUGCCGCCACGACCACCACCGGCAGAGACAGAGGCAGAGACAGCAAGAGAGACAGAAACGGCAGGGAGAGCGAGAGAUGCAGAGGCAGCAGAGACGGAGCCAGCACCCGCGGCUCCGUGCACUCAGCGCCUAAGGCACCCCUUACAUACCAUCAACAUCAACGACCUGUGUCCGGAAUGCCAGAAUUCUCGGGCCGCGCGGAUUGAGUUGGUUGAGAUCCACCACCACGCAACCAGCAAGGACACCGUGCACCGGAUCUCUACGCGGGCGAGUGAGCGCAACUCCAGAAGUUUCGAACACGGAAGACGUAUCUAUCAAGGCUCGCGUGCGUUGCCUAUGAUGUUGGAAUGUGGUAAUGUCAACAACAACGAUAGUGAUGUCAGGAACUGUGACGAUGUUGAUUCCAAAGGGCUGCAACCGAGCAUACAUGAACAACAUCAACAUCAGCCACAUGACAAAACGAAAACGGUCGAAACGUCAAGCCUGCACAACUGGUUCAGAGACUCGACGUCUAGUAUAUCUUCUAAUUUCCUGGGCGCCAGCAGCAACGUCUCGGGCUCGCCGGGUUCACGGGCUUCGAUAACGACAAUAGCGACGAGAACUUCGGUUACUGGGGAAUCUAGCGCACACGCUCAAGGUGACCGGCGCAGGAGCUCGAACCAGUCGUCUUCACCGGUGGUGGCACCGACUAGACUGUCGUUUGCGGCGUUCGCUACUGGGGAUUCACACGGCACAGGUAUUUGA